UUCGCUUCUUUGCGUCGCUCUCGCCAUUCCAAGUAUUAUCGAAUAUAGCACAUCCGCGCCUGCCUCCUCGCUUCCAUCGACGACGACGACAACGAUACCGCAUGCAACGACGGUCACGGACUCUGCCCACGACACCCUGCCCCGCGAUCUUCAACACGUUCGACACUCGACACUCGAUCCACAUAUCUACAGAAGCGCCCCCAUUUCCCGUCUCCGUCUUCCGUCUUCUUCUGUUGCCCUGAAACAUAUAUAACCGCAUUCAACCAUAGGCGCUCGUGAGAGCAAAUAGUACAUAUAGGAUCCACGGUCGCAAGUUGAACGUUCGACUUUCGCAUCCUCCCCAUCUCAUCUCAUCUCAUCGCGGGCAAACGGCGAGAAAUGAGCAUAAUCUACAGCACGCCCCUUCCCUCCACCUCCACCCCCACCUCUCCCUCUCAAGCCCCUCCCUCUCCUUCCCAACCCUCACAACCGACCCAUCCACACCAUGCACGCGCCUACGUCCCUCCAUUAGGUCUCAACACGCUUGGAUCACCACCAUCACUACCACUAGCAGGGCAACAACAGCUCCUUUCGCCCUCGUCGCCUUCGCAUCUGACGAUCUACCCGCCUUCGCCGUCGAGACUGGUACCAGGGCCGGUUGAGGGUGGAGAGUCGAGUCCGAGUUAUACGAAUCAUGAUCACAACGAGAACGCGGAUGGUGAUGCAGGGGAGGGCGGAGACAAGGGAGAGGGCGGUGAAAAGGGAAAGGGAGUAGUGAAGGAGGAGAAAGAGAAACCGGCGGAUUACGUUUAUUUCCAGAGGAGGCCGGACGAGUUGAGCGAUGAGGCGCGGACGAGGGCGGCGGGGGCGAAGGUGAAGAUGGAGAGCUAUUAUAAGCUUGCGUUGGAUACUGCGAUUGAUCUCAACGUUCGCGGCCUCGAACUCGAACGCAAAGUCGCCUCCUCCACCUCCGAAUCCGAGCGCGCCGCCUUCACGCGCGAAGAACGCCGCCAAGUGAAGAUCCAGUCUCAAUUCUUACGGCUGCGUCGAACGAAGAUCGGCCUCGCGGAUUUCAAGACGGUGAAGGUGAUUGGCAAGGGCGCGUUUGGCGAGGUAAGGCUGGUGCAGAAGAUGGAUACGGGGAGGGUGUAUGCGAUGAAGACGUUGAGGAAGGAGGAGAUGUUGAGGAGGGAUCAGCUCGCGCACGUCCUCUCCGAACGCGAUCUCCUCGCCUCUUCGACUUCGCCCUGGGUGACGCAGUUGUACUACUCCUUCCAGGAUCCGCACUCGCUCUACCUCAUCAUGGAGUUUCUUCCUGGUGGCGACCUAAUGACGAUGCUGAUGAAGUACGACGUCUUCAGCGAGAACGUGACGAAGUUUUAUAUGGCGGAAUGUGUGCUUGCGAUCGAGGCGGUGCAUGAGUUGGGGUUCGUUCAUCGAGACAUCAAACCGGACAACAUCCUCAUCGACAAAACCGGCCACCUAAAACUCUCCGAUUUCGGCCUCUCGACGGGCUUACAUAGGACGGCGGGCGCGGCGGACGCGUCGCAUUAUAGGAGGUUGUUGGAUAUUGAGCAGAGGCAAACAUCGUCGGUCGGACACGUACCAAGGAACAGCGUGGAGGUGAACCCUAUACAGCUCACGAUGACGCGCGCGGAGCAGAUCGCGACGUGGAAGAAGAAUCGGCGGAAAUUGGCCUACUCCACCGUCGGAACACCUGACUACAUCGCUCCGGAAGUCUUCAUGCAGCGUGGAUACGGCCAGGAAUGCGAUUGGUGGAGUCUGGGCGCGAUCAUGUUUGAGUGCUUGGUUGGAUACCCGCCGUUUUGCUCGGAGACGCCGGCGGAGACGUAUCGGAAAAUCGUCGGAUGGGAGAAAUGGUUGCGGUUCCCGGAGGGUGUGCAUCUUAGUCGGGAGAGCGAAGAUCUGAUGAGACGCCUCCUAACCUGGUCCUCCACCCGCCUCUCGCCCCCACAAAUCCGCACGCAUCCCUUCUUCGCCGACGUCGACUUCGCGACCCUCCGGCAACUGCCCGCGCCCCGCCCGCCCGUGCUCAGCUCCAGCACCGACACGAGCUAUUUCCCGACGGAGGAGCUGAAGGAUGUCGGGUUGGAUAGGGUGGAGCCGCCUGCUGUUGGAGAAGGGGGAGGAGGGGGGGAGGCGGAGAGGGAUUUGGCGUUUUUGGGGUUCACUUUCAAGCGGUUUACGGGCGUACAGGCGGUUCUAUAGGAUCUGGCCUCCCUAGGCCUCGGAUCCCCUGGACGCGGUAUGGUAUGGGACACUCACUCCGUCUGGUCGUUCGGGGUGUCCCCACGUCUCUCUUUCUGUGCUCUCAUCGUUCCUCCUCUUUUGCUCAUCUCGUCUCGUCUCGUUUCGUCUGUCCACCUCAACCCCUUCCCGUCUCAAUCAUAUUCAUCUUCACUCGUCGUCUUUUCUCAACGCAUGCAUCGUUCGCUUUCCUGUCUCAUACGUUAACUCUGACUUUGGAUCUCUUUGAUGCACGCUACGAUGUUCCUCGAUGCUCAUUCAUGACACGCGAUACGUUGGCUUCCCAUCCCAUCUCUUGACUUUUGAUUUUGGAACUGCACGGAUUUUUUGGGUAUAUAGUUUCGGCAUGUUUUCGAUCUUCUUUUUCUGUUUGCUUGUUUGCUUCGACCUUUCUUUCACUUCUUGACACCCGUCAAUCUGGAGUGCACGCGUUUGGUUUCCUGUCCACUUAGUCGGCUACGGAGGCGGUGGUCGUCAACGGGCGGGCAGGGCGGAUGGUCACAGAAGCUGGAUCAUAGAGGGGUGGAUGGACGUCGCAUGGGAUAAUUCGACUGAUUAAUCGGAAUUUCGGAAUAACAACAACACGGCACGGCACGGCACGAAACGCAACGAUAUCCAUGGAUAGUUUUCUGGUCUUGGUUGAAGCUUGGAUAUCGGAUCGGGUUCGUCUUCGAGUUCGGGAGGGAGGCAGCAGAAUGGGCGGGCCUUUGGGAUUCGUCGUGGCCUGGAAAUCUGGAUCUUCCACUCUCCGUUCUACCUUGGUUUGUUACAUGCAUGGAUAGUUUACACCAUACGGCGAUUCAGACGCACAAAAAGAAUUUCUUCACAUACAUAAUGUAACAGUAUACUUUUCUUU